UUGCUGCCCUUUGAUCCCUGCAUUAGUGUUAGUUAGGGGCUCGGAGACACACUUGCACCGAGAGCAGCCAUAGUCAAGACACGGCAACAACAACAGCGGCACCUCCUCCGCCUGUGUUCCCAUUCCCCAACAAUACACUUUAAACCGAGCAAAGCCAGGUGCACGACCAAGUCCCUGCCAUCACUGGCGCCUCCAGUCUCAAUGGGAAAAACCUUUUUUUCUUCUUAUCCCUAAACAAGGACGAGAAUGUGAUUAAAAACGGGGGAAAAUGCCAAGGAGGAAGCAGGAGCAACCCAAGCGCCUGCCUUCACAUUUGGACAGUAAUGAGGAAGGAGGGCCUGACGGUGGUCCUGUGGAGGAGGAAGGCUGGUUUGGGAAUGCUUCUGACACACGCUCUGAGUCGUCGUCCUACGGAGAUACUCAGGAUGAGCUCCUGUUGCCCCGGGUCUCUUCUCCAGAUGAACAGCCUGGAGUCAGCACCGGGUCCGGAGACCGUGAUACCUGUGGAGGUGAGAGCUCACUGGGUUGCCCCACACCCGUCCAUCGUACCAGUUUGGACCUUCUCGGACUGGAUGAAGGUGCGUUUUCAGCCCAGGAUACGCUCUCUUCUGUGGUGUCGUCACUGUAUGGGGAGGCGGCGUCUCGUGCUCUAGGAAAACCCCUCAGCAGCAACCUGCGACGCCUCCUAGAGGCUGGGUCGCUGAAGCUUGACAGUGGGGAGCUCCUAAGUCGGGGGGCGUCUCGGGGAGGUGCUGGGGGAGAGUCUCCUCCAAUAGGUCUAGCCCCACCAUUGACCCUUUCCCCAUCCUCCCAUCAUGCUCAACAGUUAAGUGCUCUUGCUCGAAAACUGGCAAAUAACAACAACAGCGGCUCGGCCUCACCAGCCUCCUUGGCACCCUCAGUUACUAACAUCAAGCAAGAGCCCCUUGACCCCUUUAACUCUGUCACCUCUAGCAACGGCAGUGGCUUUGUAUGGGCAGGAGUUGCAGACAAAUGGCCACCGGCCAGCUGCUCUACACCUUGUGGCUCCAGCUUGUCCCCGGACUCUGCGAUUCAGAAACUAAAAGCCGCUGCAAACGCCGUACUUCAAGACAAGAAUGCUGUGGCCUCCUCUUCAACGACCUCUUCCUCGUCCACCUCAUCCGCGGUGCCCACUCUAGGAGGAGGUGGUCGAGGAGACGACGUGGUGCGCUUCGAUACCUUCAACUCUCCGUUCAGCCCGCAGUCGGCUAGCUCCACUCUUGCUGCACUUUCCAAGAAAGUAAGCGAGCGGAGCCAAGCCUCAUCGACGGCCAGUGCUGCCACUGACCACCAAGCCUCAGCAAGUUCUUUUCUUUCACUCGUGUCAAUGACCUCCUCUGCUGCCUUGCUCAAAGAGGUGGCUGCCAGGGCAGCAGGAAACUUAAUGGCAGAGAAGAAAGAGGGUUCCCCUCUAACGCCUGCCGGGGUCCUCCAAGAGGAUGUGAAGCCCCUGCUGGACAAGAACCAGAAGGCACCAACACCUUCCACACCAACCCAGGGUCUUGAGUUGCUGUUGCCCUCCACUCCAAAGGGCAGAGGCAAGCCCAACAGCCAAGCAGGCUCUCCAGAGGAUGGUGGCAAACCAUUUCAGUGUCCUGUGUGUGGGCUGGUCAUCAAGCGUAAGAGCUACUGGAAGAGACACAUGGUCAUCCACACAGGCUUGAAAAGCCACCAAUGUCCCCUGUGUCCUUUCCGCUGCGCACGCAAAGACAAUCUCAAGUCCCACAUGAAGGUACAUCAGCACCAGGACCGAGGUGAGACAUUUCAAUGUGAACUUUGCCCUUUCACCUCCUCCCGUCACUUCAGCCUAAAGCUUCACAUGCGCUGCCAUCAGCACUUCCCUCGCACGGACGUCAAGGUGAAAGAAGAGCUCACCACUGACACGGAGGGUGAGGGCUCCCUGAUAGGUGACAGCGGCUCCGCAGACCUGCGAGGGGCCGAGGUGUCCCCGCUGCACUCAGACACUCAGCAGACGUCCCCUCCAGUCGAGGCUUCCUCCAAUCAUGUCCACAUUAAGGAGGAGCCACAGGAGAGAGACCUUUCUGUGCUGUCCCCCUUUAGCAUCUGCAGGGAGCGUCCUAGCAGCAGUGCCAACUCCCUGGACCUUCCUGGAGUCGGGGGAGGAGUCGGGGUCCGGUCAAGUCCAAGUGGUCCAACCACAGCCUCCCUUUUCAGCCCUGACAUCACGACCAAGACGGCCACUGACCUGCUUAUGAAGCUCUCAGCGGCCAACCAGAGAGAGACAAUGAAGUCUCCAUUUCACCUGAAGGAAGAGCCCAAAGUUGAGGAAGCACUGAGCCCUAGACCGGCUUCGCAGUCCCAGGUCCAGCCGGGCUUCCCUGCCACAUUCUGUCAGGACGGAUCAGCAGGGGCAGCCACGGUCACAGAGCGCCCAGGGCCACUAAAACCGAGGGAAGGAAGCCCCAUGGCUAAGAACACCCUGCUGAGCCAGGAUAUCAGCGUCAAGGUGGCCUCGGAGCUACUGAUUAAGCUUUCAGAGAACAACAAAGAUGCCCAGUACCAGAAGGUGAAAGUAAAGGCAGAGCCCAUGGAGGUGGACCCACCCCCCGCAGAACUCACCCCACCUGCCUCCCACCUGCUGAACUUCAGCACUUUAGGGGCGAGUGAGAAGAGUGAGCCAAUGAGUAGCCUCCCGAAGACGUUGGCCCGCCCCCAAAAAGAUCUCUUCUCGCAGGACAUAUCGGUCAAAAUGGCCUCGGAACUACUGUUCAAAUUGUCAGAAAAAGUCAGCAAAGCCAACAACCAUAAAGACAGUAACAUGGUGGGAAUAAACAGUCCGUUUCUGGACGAGUGCUUCAGACAAUCACCCUUUAACUCGCGCUCCAAGAGCUCUUCCCCCGCAGAGGCCAGCUCCUCCAACAGGGCAGAAUUCCACGACUCGGAGAAGGAUGAUGGAGAGCCGGGGAACGGGAUUGCCCAGUGGAGGCUAAAUGAACAGCUCUACCCGUGUCCUGUUUGUGGCAAAGUGUUCGGCAGGCAGCAGACCCUUUCUAGACAUCUGUCUCUACACACAGAGGAGAGGAAAUACAAGUGUCACCUGUGUCCUUAUGCAGCCAAGUGCAGGGCUAACCUCAAUCAGCACCUGACCAUCCAUUCUGUGAAGCUGGUCAACACAGACGCAGAGCAGAUCGUCAGUGCGGUCACAGCCGACUCCACGGAGCGCAAAAACUGCGCCUAUUAUUACAGCUGCCAUGUGUGUGGUUUCCAGACGGAGCUGAACGCCCAGUUUGUGAGCCACAUGUCGCUCCAUGUGGACAAGGAGCAGUGGAUGUUCUCGCUCUGCUGCAGCGUCUGCGACUACGUCUGCAUGGAGGAAAACGACAUGAAGAACCACAUUAGUACUGGACACGCAGUUCUAAACUCAAGGAGUCCCCUCAGUGAGACCAAGAGCACCUCGUCGUCCCUCUCGGCCCUCAGCGAUUCGCUCAACAGCUCAGAGGGCGGAGACCUCACCCACAGCAACGAAGAACUCAAGAGCUUGCUCGCCCCGCCUUCCUCUGCCGGCAGCCAGUCCAGCUCCGGAAGCCACUCGGGAUCGGGAACUGAGGACAAAAAUGAAAAAGGUUUCGAGUGUGUCUUCUGCAAUUUUGUGUGCAAGACGCGUAGCAUGUAUGAGCGCCACCUCCAGAUCCACCUCAUCACGCGAAUGUUUGAGUGUGACGUCUGCCACAAGUUCCUCAAGACGCCCGAGCAGCUGCUGGAGCACAAGAAGUGCCACACCGUCCCCUCCGGAGGGCUCAAGUGCCCUUUCUGCAUCUACUCCACCAAUCGUCCAGCGGCCAUGGAGUGCCACCUUAAGACGCACUGUAAGAUGGAGUACCGCUGCCGCAUCUGCCAGGGACUGUGGCCCGACCAGGCCUCAUUGGACGCCCACAUGCGCGGGCACCGCCUGGGCAACCACUACAAGUGUGAGCAAUGUGGCUACUUGUCCAAGACGGCCAACAAGCUGAUCGAGCACGUGCGCGUGCACACGGGCGAGCGGCCCUUCCACUGCGACCGCUGCUCUUAUAGCUGUAAGCGCAAGGACAACCUCAAUCUGCACAAGAAGCUGAAGCACGCGCCGCGCCAGACUUUCGGCUGCCAAGAGUGCCCUUUCACCACCACACACCCGUUCGUCUUCAGCCGCCACCUCAAGAAACAUCAGAGCGGAGGAGGAGGCGGAGGAGCAGGAGAAGAGGAGGAAGAUGAGGAGGCAGGAGAGGAAGAGCUGCCAGUAGAGGGGGGAGCGUCAUCACGGAAAAGCCAGAAGUUCCUGUUCACAGGGGGAGGAGGGGGGAGCAGUGGAGGCAGCGGGAGCAACAGCCCGCUCAUGAGUCUGACGGCAUCGCAGGCCCUCCAGUCCGUCGCCCUUUCGCUCACGCUGGGGAAGUCUCGUCAGCCGGACGCCAGCGCCUCCCUGCUCCGCUGCUACGUUAGCACUAACGGCAACAACGCCACCGCCGCCAGAAACCCCGGCGGCGGUGUGAGCUGCCCCUCGCUCUUCUCCCCCUCCCCUUCCUCCUCAUCCCGCUUCAUGUUGGAGCAGUACAGGAACUGCGAGCGGGCACCCCUGAUCCCCCUCACCACUCUGUUCACCCACAGCUUCACAUUCCACUCUUACUUCCACUCCAGAUCGCGGCCCGCCACGUCUCCUCUCCUCUUCUCUUCCUCUGACUCCCCCUCCUCCCGCUCUCCUUCCUCACCCGCCUCCCACAAACACUCCUUUCUGGCCUACCUGGGACUCAUGGAGAGGGCCAAAACUGUUUGACCUCACCCCCCUCACCCCCUCCCCUCCUGUGACAGUGGUGUGAAUGACACUUGACCACUGCAGUGGGAGCAAUGUCUUUUCCAAUCAGACCAGCAGAAUAAGCUGGACCAGACAAACAUAUUGAAGAAAAGAAAAAAAAACAUUUAUAAGAGAAAAAGGCUGUACAUGCUAAAAAGGCAUUUAUAUCGAAAAGCUGCUUUUCUUAUCAGUUCUAUCAAUUGAAUUAUUACUACUUCAACUACUACUACUCUAUUACCUUUUUUUUCUGUUUUUAAAUGUCUGAAUGACCUGGACCCAGUUGCAUUAUCUGAGGAAACUAACGUAUCUCAGUUUUAUAGAUAUUUUUCUUUAGUUGUUUGACAAUAUAAAAGUUGAAAAAAGAUGAAACAAAACUUGCAAGUGCUAUAUUUUAGUGCAUUUUUGUCUCUUGCUAUUAUGCAUCAAAAUAGCAUGCCUGUUUCUGUGUUUCAAACUAGCUUUGACGUCAUUAGGAAGCUAAAAAUUCGAGAUAUUCUGAAGUGUUAGCAGUGCAACGUGGACAGAAACGGAAUGCUUUUCAUUGGAAAAAGGCACGUUUCCAAAGCAACGCCUCAAACCACGCACUUAUUUAUCAAUCUUGUACAUAGUUUUGUAGCCCUUCCCCUUCCCAUCUUUUUUGAUUUCUGUUGGUUUUGUAUAAUGGUGAAACCAUAUUAUGCAUAGCUGCUGCCUGAUAUCACAUCUGUCUCAGAAUAAGUACCUACAAGGAGCAAAUGUUCAUGUUUUUUUUUUUUUUUUUUUUUUUUUUUAAAUAGCUGUCAAACAGAAAAUAAGCUGUGAAAAUCACUGAAUCUGACAUUACACAAUCUGAUUCAAUCUGAUCUGAAAAUAGGGGGAAAUUAUUUGCACUCGCAGGUGAAUAGGCUGUAAAAUCUCACAAAUACCCACAAGCACGACAAGGUGAAUCACAUUGUCAGUUAUUCUUGAGACCACUUGAAUAUCAGCGCAGCAUUUUAUGCAGAACUAUGUAUCACGCACCUAUACUUAGAAGAGAUAUAUGAGAUAACUGUUUUGUGGAGGUGACCAGCUCUGGGUUAGCGAGCUAUACCUACAGCCGGGGUCACCACAGGCCGAUUCAAUGGUGCUUUUUGGAGCUUUUUGUAAUUUUUGUGUAAAAAAAAAAAAGAAAAAACUGUUCCAAAAUGACUUGAAUGAAUGUAUUUUUGUUUAUGUACAUGACAAAGUGAUGCAGAAGUGUGAACAGGGACGUCUUCUGUGCUGGUAAAGUUGGGAAAGGUAGUGUUUGGUGGCCUUCUGUGUCAUUUUCUGUUGUUUUCUUUUGUUAUUUUCUUUUUUUUUUUUUUUUUUUGGUCUUUCAUUUUUACUUUUUUACUGAGCCUUUUACAUCAUAACAAAAGCAUUUUCUACUAACAUUCAUAGAGAGAAAAAAAAAAGCUCCUGUAGGUGCAAUGACGAAGCAAAGCCAUUCACUUGUACAGCAUUGUGUUAAAUGGCACGGGCUUCAGUUCUAAUAAAGCCGGCAGACAUGGUACUGCUUUUUUGCGCCCCCUCCCCUCCCCUCCCCUCCCUCUCUCCUGUCAACCUUUGAGUUUUAAUUGCACUUAAUGUAGUUACACUUCAAGCCAAAAGCACUUAAACCCUUAUGUUCCUUUUUUUGAAAAGUGCAAACUUCAAUCCACCAAGUUACCAUAAUGUGAAUUAGACAGUAGCUGUGGAAGUGCUUGUUGGAAAUGACUCAAUCAGCAGCCCUCAUUUCACACGCGGUGCAAAGGCUCUGCCUCUGUGAAAUCAGAGAAAGUAAAUGAAUACAAAUUGCAUGAAUUAGACAGUAGAGGUCAAGCUCUCCCUGGGAACUAAAGGUCCCAGGCUAAAUUGUUAUAGCCAAUUUUGCACAGUGCUGCACUUUUUUGAUCAUGAGAAUAUGUAUUUAUCCGUAAAUGCUCAAAAUGAAGUAUGUUUGCGAGAUAGGGUGGCAUCGUACAAGCAUCUUUUGUUUUGAAGAAGCUUUACCCGUUAUUGAUUGCGCUUGUGUUCCUAAGUGGUCUUCAAGCCAAAAUCCCUCAUUUGUAAAGGGGUUGGAUUUUUUUUUUUUUUUUGGUUAAUUUUCCUUCUUAUUUGUCUGUUUUAUCAUGCAUUUUUCUUAUUAUGAAUCAUUGUAAUUUUCUUUUCUACUUUAAAAAAGAAAUGUUGAUUGGAAACAGAAUUGUCAAGACCAAAAUGUCGCAGCCGUGGAUGUGAUGUUAGGAUUGAAUCCGUCACAUCCUGUUGUGUUUUCUGAGAGAUGCCUGAAUUGUCCUUUGGUUACACACUGCUGUUUGUUUGUUCCUUUUCUUUUCUUUUUUUUUUUUUUUAGCUUUGUCAAUGUCUGGCAUGCUGUUCUCUGGAGUGAAAGGAACAUCCCUCCAACACACACACACACACACACACACACACACACACACACACACUGUACUAUCUACAUUAUCUUUUAUACUCUAGUGCCACUUGGUGGAAGGAAACCACCUGAGACUUCUGAGAAUGAGUCAAACUAAUUGUCAGGGUCUAUAAGGAAAAAAAAAGAUGGAAUAAAAAAAGAAGAAUGUGUCCACUCUUGACACCUUUGUAACUGUCUGCCUUUUAAUACAGCAUAAUCAUGAAUGGCUGCACUUCUUUACUCCCCUGUAGUUUGGUGUCAUGUUUAAGAAGGCAACAGGGCUCUAUCCUUCUGAAAACCAGUGUUCAUAAUCAUCUGAGGUUUGUUUUCCAAUUGUAAGCAGCGCAUCCACCUUUGUUUUAUGUUAAAGCUCGACUACCUUUUCAGCACUUCAGAGUAUGCAUGACAUCGCCCUAUCUCCAUUUUUUUUAGCGCUUAACUGUGUUUUAAUACAAACUCCCUCGGUUGCAUUUAGUUAGCAUCACACUGCACUGUCUACAAUCAGUUAGCUUUAAGUUCGGCUGUAUUUUAUGAUUAGAAAAGGCUCAACUAUCUCAUAUUUUGGCACUCGGUAAAGAUUGGUAUGUGCUGUACAAAGCUUUUUUUUUAUUACUCCAUUGUUAAGGCUGUACAGGGUUGUGACGAUAACUGGUAAAUAGAUCAUUUGUACUUUUUUGGUUUUGUAUUUGUUUUCUUUGUUUGGCAUUAUUUUAUGUUCAACUUGCCAGAUCUAAAUGUAACAGGAUUUGAAAGUAAAGCUUACAUCAGAUAUUA